CCAUUUUCCCCCACGCCCAGUUCCAAGCUCUUCCUCGUCUCCGCCCCACCGCCACCACCUCCUCCCUUAAAAGGGAAAUUCUAAAAGACAUAUUUUUGGUGGAGAUAUUUUCUUUCUCUCGGCGGCUAUAAAAGGAGGGUGGAGUUCAUGAGAUGUAGGAGGGUAUCAUGCCUUACGCCGCGGUGCUGCGGGGCUGCCUCCGGACCCGCCCCCGCAUGACCAUGUCUCUGGUCCCCUCCGCCACCGCCCUCCUUCGCUCCCCGACGGCCCCUCGAAAUCCUAGCUUUAACCCCACUUCGGCACCGAUGAAGAGCCAUUCCGCCGGUGGCGGCGUCUAUGUCCCGCCCAUCCCCCGCCUCCGCUCCGUUAUCGCCUCGGCCAACGGCACUCUCACCACCGCCCGAUCCGUCGACUACGACUGGCGCGACACCGGCGCCGGCGGUGGACAGGGGGCCAUCACCCUCAACUCUACCGCCCCAGCCCCCACCGCCGCCGACGGAUUCCCGCCCUAUCUCCGACAGCAGAGCUCCCACUACGCGCGGUAUGCGUACGAUGAUUACUCUGACGACGACUCAGAUCGCGACAUGGAGGUUUCACCGGCUUCGAACAAGGGUGCCUCCACUCUAGAUAAUGUUGAUGAGUGGAAAUGGAAACUAAGUAUGCUUCUCCGCAAUGGAAGCGAGCAAGAGGUGGUAUCGCGGGAGAGAAAGGACAGGCGUGAUUAUGAGCAGCUUUCUGCACUAGCUGAAAGAAUGGGUUUAUAUAGCCGCCAAUAUGGAAAGGUGGUUGUUUUCAGCAAGAUACCUUUGCCAAACUACCGAUCAGAUCUUGAUGAUAAAAGACCUCAGAGGGAGGUCUCUAUUCCUAAUGGUUUGCAAAGAGAAGUGGAUCAUUUGCUUGGAGAAUACCUUGCUCGGAAGCGAACAAAUCGAGGGAGCUUUCCCAAUAUUGCCUUUUCAAGGUCAAGUAGCACUGACAGCUUCACCACUGAUGAAGGUCUCUCCGAGCAACAGGACCCUCCUACAAGUGUUGUCAUGGAGAAAAUUCUGAGGCGAAGAAGUUUACAAUUGCGUAAUCAACAACAGGCUUGGCAGGAAUCUCCAGAAGGACAAAAAAUGCUUGAAUUUCGGAGAAGUCUUCCUGCUUAUAAAGAAAGAGAAGCACUGUUAGCAGCCAUAUCUCAAAAUCAGGUUGUUGUUAUUUCAGGUGAAACGGGUUGUGGUAAGACCACGCAGCUUCCUCAAUACAUUUUAGAAUCCAAGAUAGAUGCUGCUUGUGGAGCAACCUGUAGUAUCAUUUGUACUCAACCAAGACGAAUCUCUGCUAUAUCUGUAUCUGAAAGAGUUGCAGCUGAAAGAGGGGAGAAGUUGGGUGAAUCUGUUGGUUAUAAGGUUCGACUAGAAGGCAUGAAAGGGAGGGACACUCGCCUACUUUUCUGCACAACAGGAAUUUUGCUGAGGAGAUUACUGGUUGAUAGAAACUUGAAAGGUGUGACCCAUGUCAUCGUAGAUGAGAUUCAUGAACGUGGCAUGAAUGAGGAUUUUCUUCUGAUAGUCUUGAAAGACCUUCUUCCCCGUCGUCCGGAACUUAGGUUGAUCUUAAUGAGUGCAACAUUGAAUGCUGAGCUUUUCUCUUCUUACUUUGGUGGGGCUCCAAUGAUACACAUCCCUGGAUUCACAUACCCAGUGCGAACUCAUUUUCUGGAGAAUGUUCUGGAAAUUACUGGGCAUAGAUUGACUCCGUACAAUCAAAUUGAUGACUAUGGACAAGAGAAGAUGUGGAAAAUGCAAAAGCAAGCAUUGAGGAAGAGGAAGAGCCCAAUUGCUUCUGUGGUGGAAGAUGCACUAGAAGCUGCUGAUUUUAGGGAGUAUAGUCCCAGAACCCGUGACUCACUAUCUUGUUGGAAUCCUGACUCUAUUGGCUUUAACCUCAUAGAGAGUGUUUUGUGUCAUAUUUCUCGAAAAGAAAGGCCUGGUGCAGUUUUAGUGUUUAUGACUGGGUGGGAUGACAUUAAUUCUUUGAAAGAUCAGCUUCAAGCUAAUCCCCUUCUUGGAGAUCCUACCAAGGUUCUGCUUCUUGCAUGCCAUGGUUCUAUGCCAACCGCAGAGCAGAGGUUAAUAUUUGAAAAGCCCAAUGAUGGUGUGAGGAAGAUAGUUCUCGCGACUAAUAUGGCUGAGACAAGUAUCACAAUUAAUGAUGUGGUGUUUGUUGUGGACUGUGGAAAGGCAAAAGAGACAUCAUAUGAUGCAUUAAAUAAUACCCCUUGUUUGCUUCCAACAUGGAUCUCUAAAGCUUCUGCUCGCCAAAGAAGAGGAAGAGCUGGUCGUGUUCAGCCGGGGGAGUGUUACCAUCUUUAUCCCAGAUGUGUAUAUGAUGCAUUUGCUGAUUACCAAUUACCAGAACUAUUAAGGACACCUUUACAAUCUCUUUGUUUGCAAAUAAAAAGCCUACGGCUUGGAAGCAUCUCUGAGUUUUUAUCAAGGGCUUUACAGUCACCAGAACCAUUAUCGGUGAAAAAUGCCAUUGAGUAUCUGAAAAUUAUUGGGGCAUUAGAUGAGAAGGAAGAGUUAACUGUUCUAGGACGCCACUUGUCAAUGCUGCCAGUGGAGCCAAAGCUGGGAAAGAUGCUUAUUUUAGGGGCCAUAUUCAACUGUCUUGAUCCUAUAUUGACUGCCGUUGCUGGUCUUAGUGUCAGAGAUCCAUUUUUAACUCCAUUUGAUAAAAAAGAUCUAGCUGAAUCUGCAAAAUCUCAAUUUUCUUGCCGAGACUACAGUGAUCAUCUUGCAUUAGUUCGUGCCUACGAAGGAUGGAAGGAUGCUGAAAGAGAGCAUUCUGGAUAUGAAUACUGCUGGAAGAAUUUUCUUUCUGCGCAAACAUUAAAGGCUAUUGAUUCUCUUAGGAAGCAAUUUCUUUUUCUGCUUAAGGAUACCGGUUUGGUCGAUGAGAAUUUCAGCACAUGCAAUAAGUGGAGUCGUGAUGAGAACCUUGUCCGGGCGGUAGUAUGUGCUGGCUUGUAUCCUGGAGUCUGCUCAGUUGUGAACAAGGAGAAAUCGAUAUCUUUGAAGACAAUGGAGGAUGGUCAGGUCAUGCUUUACUCAAAUUCAGUCAAUGGAAGGGAGGCUAAGAUUCCAUAUCCAUGGUUAGUUUUUAACGAAAAGGUGAAGGUUAAUUCAGUAUUCCUACGAGACUCAACAGCAGUGCCCGAUUCUGUGUUGCUGCUUUUUGGAGGGAACAUCUCACGAGGGGGACUUGAUGGACACUUGAAAAUGUUAGGUGGCUACUUGGAAUUUUUCAUGAAACCUGAUUUGGCAUCAACAUACUUACACCUCAAGAGAGAGCUUGAAGAGCUAAUUCAGAACAAGCUUCUAAAUCCUAGAAUGGACAUCCAGACCAGCGAAGAACUCCUAUCAGCCAUUCGGUUACUUGUUACAGAGGAUCCAUGCAGUGGCCGGUUUGUAUUUGGUCGUCAGGAGCUCAAACCUAAGAAGUCAAAAUCCUUGCUUCCAACAAACUCUGGAGGUGGGGGUGAUAACCCGAAGAGCCAACUUCAGACGCUCCUAACUAGAGCUGGGCAUGACAACCCAACUUAUAAAACAAAGCAGCUGAAGAACCACCAGUUCAGAUCUAUGGUCGAGUUCAAUGGCAUGCAAUUUGUUGGGCAGCCAUGCGGCAGUAAGAAGCUAGCAGAGAAGGACGCGGCAUCUGAGGCGCUGGAGUGGUUAAAUGGUGGGGCCUCAUCAGGUUCCCGUGACAUUGAUCACAUGUCCAUGCUGCUUAAAAAGAGCAAGAAGAAGCAUCACAGAAGGACAUAAAAUUACAGCACCCAACUGUACACCUUUCAUGCUGACGAGACCAUAGUCUUGAUUUUUUUCCCCCCCUUCCCCACUUCAGGGGGUUGGAGGUCCUUACAAAUAGCUAUCCAGCUGCAUGAUUUUGCCCGCCCGCAAUUUUACAGGGCAUUUUGAUUUUGGGGUGGUAUCUUUGGAACACCAAAGAUAAGUAGGUUAGGUGCAUUGGAAAACAUGCUCUCAAUGAAAUCAGAAAAAUCACAGUAGCAACAUAUAAUUGUAACCUGUCAGGUGGCUAUAUUUAUUGUAUAUUAUAUAACUUGGCCCUCUUAUUGCA